AUGUCUCUCAUUAACAAGAGUGACGAAGUUGCGACUGUUACUACACCACAUUUAUAUAAUGAUUUCGAAAAGAGUGGGAAAUGGGUCGUUGCGCGAUACUUUAAUGGCUUGGCAUUAUCACCUAUCAAUGGCGAAUGCCGGUGCGUCGAUGCGGAAACAGGUCAGCUGAAGGCCAAGAUAGAGAUUCGAAUGAGAACCGAUUACGUUUGCGAUAUUGCUAGCAAAAUAUUCCGAAACCGUAUGCUUCCUAUCACUGGGCCGUGGUGUUCGGUGGUGCUACAUCCUGGUAGCACCUUGACCAUAAAAUUUCCAAUACAGGCCAUAAGCUCGGCAUCUACUGACGAUACCCCACGCACUUCAUUCUCCCAGCUGCCGUACAUAUAUGAUUAUGAAACUAAAUUUUGGCCAAAAGACUUGAUUAAGCUGCGUCAACUGGUUGCAUCUUAUGAUGUAGAUAUUUACGACGAAAUAUUGUACGGCAAUGCUAUCGCUGGCGAUGCCCUUGCGUUAGAUGUGUCCCAAAUGGCCCGGGGAGAGGUGACACUGAAAUACCAUCUGGACGAACCUCUUGCUCUACGAAGUGGAUUGAACUCGUUUUAUUCUCAUUGGACAUUGAUAUCUAGGAAUGACUAUGUCCCAGACAACAUAAGCGCCGUCGUCAAAGUCUCCUUAGCGUUUACCCACCAGUACGGGAUCCUUGGUUGCGACCGAAGGCGGCCAAGUGUAUUUGACGUGGGCUUAUCCAAGAAUUUUUGUCUACCAAAAUCAAUGGGAUUUGGAAUAGGGGAUUUGUAUGAAUGCUCAUACGAUAUAAUGCGGGACGUUAGAAAGGUCGGCAUUCGCUGCGGGUCCAAUGAGUAG